CUUGAUGACCCUGCUCUCCAAAACAUGAGCAGCAGCGGGCCCACAGAGCCGUCUUCUUCCCGGCCCAGUUCCCCAGAACAGACUGCCGAGCCUCAGCAACGAAGGGGGCGAGGUCGUCCACGCAAGCAGCAGCUGGAGCCUCUCGGACCGCCGACUCCAAAGCGACCAAGAGGAAGACCCAAGGGCAGCAAGAACAAAGGCCCCAAAACUAUACUCAAGAAAGCCGAGCCAUCUGGUGAAAGACGGCCACGUGGGCGACCAAGAAAAUGGCUGCAGAGGGUCGUUGCAAAAGGAAGUGAAGAGCCAAAGGUGUCCUCCGAGGAAGGGGAGUCGGCGACCUCGCCCGCUUCGUCUCAGGAGGAAGGCCAGUAAUGUGACGUGUCGUCACCCUACCUCGAGGUUUAGCCCUAAGAACACUCCAUUGGAAGGGAAAUGUUGGAAUUAUCAAAAUUAUGUGGAACUUGUCUACCUCGCUGAGAGGUAGAAAGUUAAAUUUACCACCUAAGAGGGAAAUGUCCAUUAGGGCUACACAUGUGCAAAAAGUACUAAAAUCAUGUUGGACAUGUGCGUUCAAAUAUUCAUCGGUUAAAUGAAUUCAACUGGAAAGGAUAUGUAGUGCAUUUCUGAGAGAUGUGUAUUUUUACUAUAUCACAGGACAUCACUUAAGAUUAAUUACAAAACUAUGCACUGUAAACAGAAAUAAUGAGUGAUCUUAUCUUAUCUUACAAAUUUGUAAAAUGUAGGAUGGUUUAAUUGAAUGCAAAGCUUUUAAUCUGCUAUAUGACCAGCAACAAGCUAAAAGCACACUUUGCUGUCCCUUGGAAGAGCUCAUUGUUUUUUUUGUUUUUUUACCCCAUUUAUAUAGUUUUGUUACUUUUCCCAAUUAUUCAUAAUAGUUUUUCAUUAUUUUAGAAUUUGCUCCCCAUUCCAACUAGAUGUGUAUUAUUUUGACUGGGCAGAGACAAAGAGGGCUAAAAUUACUUUCUUUGUAAAUAUUAUGCAGCCCUUAAUUUACGUGUUUAAAUCCAAUAAGACUGUCACUAAAUUGUCCAUUAACAAAGAAGUUAAGACAUCUUGAAUACAUAAAGCAACAAGUGUUGUGUGACACUCAGGACUUUACGCCAGUGCUUCUUUUUCUUACCACCAUGAUGAAACCUCAGGUACAAUGUAAAGACCUCACAGAAACCACAGUUACCUCAAGAAAAACUGGAUUUGCUCAAAUUGAAAUGUGACUUUGUUCUCCUGUUAAAAUGCAGCAAAUGCAAAAAAAACAGCCUGAUAAAAAAUAUUCUUAAGAUGUACUUUCUUAUUAAAUAUUGACCCGUCUUUUUUACCAUCGUUUUUUGUUUUUUUAACAGUAUGUGAGCACAACCUCCAUUGCCAAUUCCAUCCAUCCAUCCAUUUUCUGUACCGCUUUAUCCCCACGGGGGUCGCGGGCUUGCCGGAGCCUAUCCCAGCUGUCAUCGUGCAGUAGGCGGGGGACACCCUGAACUGGUUGCCAGCCAAUCGCAGGGCACACAGAGACGAACAACCAUCCGCACUCACACCUAGGGGCAAUUUGAAGCACUCAAUUUGCCUACCAAGCAUGUUUUUGGGGAUGUGGGAGGAAACCGGAGUACCCGGAGAAAACCCACGCGGACACGGAGAGAACACGCAAACUCCACACAGGGAGGGCCGGAGGUGGACUCGAACCCGCACCCUCCUUACUGUGAGGCGGACGUGCUAGGCAGUGCGCCACCGAGCCGCCCUCCAUUGCCAAUUAUCUAAAAAAAAAAAUAAAUUAGGCUAAUUAUUUUUUAUUGUAGGUGUGUGGUGUUUUGUGGAAGAUCGGUAUGAUGAAUGAAAACAACUUCUACCUUUUUGGGACAUUGACUGGAGAAUGUUAUAAGAUGUCAACUUGUUAUUUUUCUAUGAUCUAGUCCAUGUGUUAUGCGAUUGUAUUGGUGUAGUGAUGGAUUUACAUGCGAUAAUGUGUUAAAACAUCUUUUUAUGGCUUA